UAUACUGACACGUAAGAAUCCUGCGUAAAUUUUAAGGAAGAAGCUACAUCUUUUCCUUAAGUGGAACGUGGAUACGACUGCUUCGCCUCAGACUUGAUGUAUUGUUGACCAGUCCCGGCCCAGGGGCUUCUUCUUCGCACUCUGUACUGUGGGAGAGCGGAGCCGACGCACAAGAUGAGAUUUUCUGCGUUUAUUUCUGUCCUGCGGUCGGUCGGCCCGGUGGUAAUCGGUAUUUCUUUGGGGUUCACGUUGAGUUUACUGAGUGUGAACUGGACGGAAGAAGCGUGUUAUCUAGACGGUAAGGAGGGUGAGGAUGUGACUUUGGGUCAGGAUGGACUGCUCAAAGGAGCCCGAAAGCCCAACUCCAUUUCGACCCUCAACGAUGUGGAGUCCGAGGAGGAUUUUGAACCAAGAAUAGUCCCAUACAAACAAGUCCAACAGAGUGCCCCGAAGAAAGUUUUCAGGGCUAAAUACAUAAGCACAGAGUUGGGGAUGCGAGAGCGUCUGUUUGUUGGGGUCCUGACAUCCAAAAACACCAUUAACACCAUGGGCGUAGCUGUCAAUCGCACCAUUAGCCAUCACCUGGACUCCGUAAUCUUCUUCACUGGCAUGCGCAACCGCAAAGUCCCUCACGGCAUGUUUGUCGUCUCUCAUGGAGAUGAGAGACUGAUAUGGAACAUGUUUCAGACCAUCAGAUACAUUUUAGACCAUUACAUCAAUGAAUACGACUGGUUCUACUUUGUCCAAGAUGACACCUACACAGAAGCUGAUAGGAUCAAAGCCCUGGUGGAUCACCUGAGUAUGGAUCGAGAGCUUUACAUGGGCAGUCCUGAGGAGUUCAUAGGUGGGGAGAUGGAAGGGAAGUACUGCUACGGAGGGUUCGGGUACCUCCUGUCACGUACCUUGCUCCUGCGACUCCAGCCUUUCUUGGAAAACUGCAGGAAUGACAUCCUGAGUGCCAGGCCUGAUGAGUGGCUUGGGAGAUGCAUCAUUGAUUACACCAACACAAACUGUGUCAGUGAAUAUGAGGGACUUCAGUACCAGCAUUAUGAGUUGGGAAAAAACUCUGAUCCAAGUAAGGAGCAGAGUGAACAUUUCAAGAAAGCUCUGACGGUCCAUCCAGUGUCUGACCCUGAACAGAUGUACCGGCUGCACAGAUACUUCACUGAGAUUGAACUCCAGAAGACUUACGAUGAGAUUGCUAAACUGCAGGCUGAAAUUAAGAAUGUGAGUGUGGUUGCUUUUGAAGGCAACCGAAGUGCCCAGUGGCCAGUGGGGAUCAAUCCACCUUUUGAGCCCAAAUCUCGGUUUGAAGUUUUGAAGUGGGAAUACUUUACAGAGGAAGAGAUAUAUUCAUGCAUUGAUGGCUCUCCCAAGUGUGAGCUGCGUGGGAUUGACCGCAUGGAUGUGGCUGAUGUCAUUGACAUGGCAGUAGGAGAGCUGAACAAAAAGUACAAGCCCGUCUUACACCUGAAGAAGCAGCAGCUGAUUAACGGCUACAGGCGCUUCGACCCCAUAAGGGGCAUGGAGUACACCUUGGACCUUCAGCUGGAGGUGGUUAACCAGAAAGGUCACAGCCGUUCCAUCACUAAGAGGGUUCAUCUGGUGCGACCUUUGAGCCAAAUGGAGAUAAUUCCCAUGCCCUAUGUCACCGAAGCUACAAGGGUUCACAUCAUUAUACCUCUUACUCUGACGGAUCGGAGUUACAUCAACCAUUUCCUUGAAGUCUUUGCCUCAAAUGCCUUUGAGACGAGUGAAAAUGCUAUCUUAACAUUCUUGUUUAUUUAUGACCCAGUGGAGGCACAGCAGGUUAACCAGAAUGAUAUAUUUGCCAGUGUGAAGAGUCAGAUUAAUGCAUAUGAACGCAAAUACCCCACAGUGAAAAUCCCAUGGAUAAGUGUCAAGACGGAAACACCAUCCCAGAUCAAGUUCAUGGACAUCAUCUCCAAGAAGCACCCAGUUGACACGCUGUUCUUUUUGGCUAGUGUCAACACAAAUAUCAAUUCAGAAUUUCUCAACCGCUGUCGCAUGAAUUCCAUAAACAACUGGCAGGUGUUCUUCCCCAUCCAUUUUCAGGAUUACAACCCUGAUGUGGCCUAUCACAACCAGCCACAUCCAGCCACAGUCGAUCUGGUCAAGGAUGCCGGCCAUUUUGACCGCAGGUCAUUUGAAGAAUCAUGUUUUUACAACUCAGACUACAUGGCAACGCGCACACGAAUGGUGGCGGACGUCCAAGAGAAUGAGGAGAUUCUAGAGACAAUGGACAUCUACGAUAUGUUCGUAAAGUAUUCGGGUCUGCAUGUAUUCAGGGCAGUAGAGCCAGCAUUGCACCAGCAGUACCGCUACCAAGCCUGCAACCCACGACUCAGUGAGGACAUCUACCAUAGAUGUGUUCAGAGUAACUUGGAUGGUCUUGGUUCUCGGUCCCAGCUCGCCAUGCUGCUGUUUGAGCAAGAACAAGGAAACAGCACUUGAAAAUACCGGUGAAAUGUCUGCUCCUGCACUUGUUUAAAUGGGUGCUAAAAGCUGUGUGUUUGUUGUAAUGGCGUCUUGAUGCAAGCUAGAAUUUGGGGUGAACAUGAGAAAUGCAUAUAGUACAACCUAUAAGUUAACUCUUACCUUUGCCCUAAAUACUACCCAUGUUUGGAAAUGUCAUUACAUACUGAAUGUGACCCUGACAUUCUCCAUCUUGCAGUGUGCAUAAAGGGUUAUUUGGUUUGUUAGAGUUUUUAGCUAGUUUGGAAAAGUGAAUGCAGUACAUUCCUGAUGAAACUUUUUUUUAAAUAAAUGUUUACAAUACUUGUCCAUACAGAUGAGUACCUAGAACCAAAUGCUUUUGCUACUCUUACGAUUUUAAAAGUUGUGUUAAGCAAUUUUUGACCACUAGAUGGCAGAAACUCAAGGCAGCAGAGCGUUGAGGUACUGUUGGCUAUUCCAGUGUUUAUGGCUGAGGUGUCUAGCAAAUCUCCAGCAGACAUAGGGCUACACAGGCAAUCCAUCAGUUGUCUUCCUCGCCACGUGUCCGGUGACAUUCCAAUAUUGACUGGGAUUAUAUCCUUGGUUUGGUUUACCAGCUCCUGGAAUAAAUACCUUGCUCUUUAGGAUUUUGCAUAAAAUAGGCUUGGUUGAACCAGUGUGCUGAGUACAGCUGCUCAUGGUUUUGCAUGGGUGUGGGGGGAUUAAACCAAGUGAACUAAUACAAUGAGUUCAAAAUGGCAAAAAGCUUUAGUGGGUUGUUGCUUGUGAGUGGGAUCAGAAGUACUAGCAGCAGUGUCUUCACAGUUAUGGAAUGUUGUUUGAUUUAAUUUAAUAGUAAAGAUAUUUUUAGAUGACGCUUUGAUUUAUAGCUGUAAUACAUAAACAUUAGUGUAUUGCACCACAGUUUGUUUGCCCUUUCACAUAAAGGCAUUGAAACAUUGAGCUUUUGAUAUUUACUGAUUUAAGCAUUUUCAAAAGGGCAUCUUUGUAUAUGUGCCUUGACACUUUUCAUAUGCUGGCUGUUUUGAAGUUAUCGUAUUACUCCUUCAGGUGUUGCACAACUGAUAUUUUCCAUUAGAAUUUGCGUAUUAUUCCAACAUUGGUAAAAGUUUUGAAUGGGUCGGAGUUAUUCUUUAACUGCCAGUUACAUAGCUAUGAGAAUUGAAUGGGUUGUUGGUUAACUUUACAUUUUUUAUUGGUGACCACGAAAUAUCACGAUCCCAGUCGUUCACAAGUUGUACUGUAUAUAAGCUUCAAAGCAUGGAGGGGGUUCCUGGAAAGUGUCUACUGUUGGUCCUCAGAGGUCAUCCUAGUCGGCCAGCAGUGUGUAUUUGAGUUUAAUUUUUCUCCUUGAAACUUUUUGAUAUUGUAAAAACUAUUUUUUAAUGAAGAGGCAAAGGCAAAUUAUGAAUAAUGGGGGAAAAAAUUGCCUUGGUAAAUGUCUGAAGUUACUGCCAAGAUGAUAUUUUUUUUUCAAGAGUCCUCAUUGAAGUAAGUGGUACUUUUAAAACAGAAUUUAGUUUAGAAAUGGCUGAAAUUAAGAAUGUAUGAAAGAUUUUUCAAUGUCUCCAAGUGUAGACAACUUUUAGACACUAGAACAUUUAACUGUUCCAAAGUGUUUUUGACUGUACUCUUAACAAUUUGUCCUCCAUUUAUGGAGCUGGCUGCUUUCUCUCAGUUGCAGCACAAUCCAAUGGGAGGCUUUCUCCACAUUGCUGAGUGGUGGUGGAGCUAGCGGUACUUGACACCAGACUGUUAUUAGUAUAUUAUAAUGUGCAAUAUUACAAAUAACACAACCGGACAGAUGUCUGAUGGAGGACAGGACUUUUAAUGUCAAAGAAAUUUGCUGCAAGUACAGCGAUGUGUAUAUCACAAUACUGUCCAUGACAUUACAUAAAUUAAAACUCAUACUUUCUGUUUAUUUCUAAGUAAAUACACUGUAAUCUCUUUGACAGGACCUUUAAUGUAUUUUGCUGACACUAGACACUUUUUGUCAUCAAAUUUAAAUACAUAAAGAUUAAGGCGAGUCCUUUUAUUUAACUUUAAUUGGAUUUAAAGUAUACGUUGGAAACACUACAUCCACAGUGGUGAUCCUGAACAGUGUUUUCUUUAUUUUCUGCCAUGUGAACACAGACCACGGUCAGUUGUUGCUGACGCGUUUGCAUUCAUUUUAUAACGCAUCUCUUCCUUGACGAGAGCAGUCUUUCACCAUGACAGUACUCCAGCUGACGUAGUAUGAAUGUUCACCUUGAUUCUUUUUAAGAGUAUGAUGAUAAUUAUGUGCAGAAUUGGAAAUUGAAUCUUCCAAAAACCACUGUGAAAGAUGGAGGGCUGAGAUUACAAUAUGAAGUUGUUGUGGUGAUCUGCAUCUUCUUUGCCUUCUGGAGACGUGAGAAGCCUAAAAUUAAUGGAGCAGAUUAAUCACCCUGUGUUGUUAACACAGCCACCAUUGCUGAGCAAAGUCUCCAAGUAUUUUGUCCAUAACUUAUUUAUCUGUCAUUUCUCUAUAAAUUAUGCAGAUUCUAAAUACUUCUGCACUAACAGAGACUUUCAUGACAUUCUCUGUACAUGUAUAAAAAUUUUAUAGACACUAUUUUUAAGCCUUUUUUUUUUUAGCUUUAUUUACACAGCAAUUGAUAUUUUAUUGUUUUGAUGACACAAAAAUAUGCUGUAUCUUACUUUUGUAUCGGUUUUGCGCUUUGAAAAUCAUUUAUUUUAACCAUGAAGACAAUUAAAAAUGUGUGUAUUUCCUCUUCACUUUGAAUCAAUUAAAUAAUUUCAAAAAGUAGGCAAUACCUAGGCUCCAGUUUUUAAUUUCCAUUAAUGUUUGGACCCAUUGGUUUACAUUAUUUUACGAAUAUGGGUACUAUCAAAACCAAAGCAAUAUAUUUGAAUUAAUGCUCGGUACAUUUAAUUGUGUUCUCUCUAAAUUCCAAUGA